CUGGGUUCCUGUGCCUGAAAGACGCGUCGUGGCAGAAGUAUUCACAACGGUCUCCUCUGCCAUCUCGGUCACAGACACAGAGACUCCUUCGGUCAAAAAUAACGUCCCCCCCUCUAGGUAGGAGAAAAUCAUGUUUGUUUAAAGCCAGAUCCUGUUUCAGUUUUGCUUUGGGAAAAGCUUUUCUCCCGAGUCUUCCUGCGCACCCUCUUCUGAACAGCAUGUGAUUGUCCGUGGUCUGAUGAGUUUCUCAGCUCGCAGCUUUUCAUGUUUCCUGAGGCAUGUCUCCUGGAGCGUAACGGAUGGCAGUGAUGAAAAGUACUCCAUGUCCAGACAUCAAUCAGGCAGUUACAAGAAGGACGGAAAUGGCACAAAUGUUACAGAGGUGCAUAUCUGAAGUGGUAGACCUGUGCGGGUAUCUAAGAACAGAUCCUGUUGAGGAGUCGUCCAGCUUCAGAAAUGACAGCAGAUACUUGCAAACUAGUCAGAAAUACAGAACUGCAACUUAAAUAUCCACAGCAUGGAUAUUUGGCUGGAAAAUGGACAUGAUUGGGUGCUUGUUGAGCCGAUGAUGGAUCCCUGACCCUUUCAUAUUGCAGCGAUUGCUCUGGUCGAAGCGAGUUUUCUGUGGGGAAAACAACAUGCCUUCUGUCAGCUUCAGUCUGGAGAUCAAGUGCUUAAGGCCUUCUCAGGUGUCAGUUUCAGAUUUAUGCCUUACUUCAGCCUUUUAUAGAGAUUUGAUAUUCCAGAAGUUAUUUGUCACGUCUUUCCAAGCACCCAAAAAUAAAUUGCUCGCUGUCUGGCAAAGGGAGGGUCGAGUCUCCGUUUUGGUUGUGACAGCCUGUCAUGUCAUCCUGAAGGCUGCUGCUCCUGUUGCUCUUACGCUGCCGAGCCAGACGUGCCAUUAGCUUUGGGAAUCUUCUCUCCUAAUGGACUUCACCGCUACCUGGUGUUUGUGCGCUGCAUGGAGUAAAGACUCUUGAGAGCCGAAGUCCAGGCCGAGAAAUUAAUUUUGCAAUGUAUCUGGAAAACUCCGAGCAGGGGAAAGUGGGCGGGGAGGGGGAGCUUUCCGCCGAAGCCAUUCUCUCCGGACAAUGUGCAGUUUCUAAAGUAACGGGAGCUGCAGGUUUAAGCAGCUCUUCAAAGGGAAGUGCUGAGCUGGACAUAAAGGCCCUUGUGGAAUACACAGAGCAGAGUGCCAGCGGAGGAGCGGACCCUCCUCGUCUUUGUGUGGAGUGUUGCAACGUGAACACAGAGCAGACUGAACCCUGCACGGAUUGUAAAGGACUCGCUGAGAGCUUUGAGGAAUAUUCUUCCAGCAAUGGGCUUUUUGAAUCGGACUGCCCCCCGGCAGAGACUGGGUGCACAGGGUUAAGCCAACUAUAUGAUGAAUGUCUUCAACCCUGUGAGUGUUUUAAAGCUUGCAAGUCCUCUGAGCAUUGUGCUAAUCAUAGCUUAGCCUCUAAAAGUAACCUUUGCUGUGAACACUUUCCAGAACACCUGUUGUUAUUUCAGCCAUGUAAGCCCUCUGAUCAACAGUCAGAGUCUUCUGAUUAUGAGCCGGAUGAAUUGGAAGUGACCUCCGACAGUUUUGGGGAAUCAGAAAUGCCUGUUUUUGUGUCCGAGCGCGCGGAGAACCUCGAGUUACCUCUGGACCGUCGGUGUGAGGACUCGGACUCAGAGCAGGACCGGUCAACAGAGGACUCAGAGCAAAACUUCACACAAACCAUCUCUGACUCGAUGGAGUCUCUAACCUGCGCUGCAGUCUUCUCUGAGUACGACGAAAGUCAGGCUGAAGCCGAAUACACAGACAAUGACGGCGAUGAAGAGGAUGAGCGCUAUGACCAUAAUGAGAUGGAGGCCAGUGAUGAAGAGUCUUCCGCGUUAUUGCAGGACGCCUCUGACGACGCCUGCGAACGUGACGCUGCUGCAGAAACGAGCUGUGAGCGUCUUUCUGCGGCAGACGUCUCUGUAGACGCCGGGGAGUUGCAUGAAGACGAUUCUGACGAAGAACCAAGUCAGCAUUGCGACCUUGAGGACAGCGUAGAGGAAGACUUGUCUUCAGACGAUUCUAAAUUCGUUAUUAAUGGUUUCCCGUCUGAUCCCGGUUUCGAUUCCUCCGAGGAAUCUGACAAAGGAGCUCAGGAUGAUUCAAGCGAUGAGCCGAUGCAGUGGGACUCAUUUGAAGAGAACGGCGAGGAACAACCUCCGAGCGUCGACGAGAGUAGCGAGGAGGACAAAAAGAAAACCCCCACCGUCGAAGCCGUGAUUGAGGAUUACUUUGAUUUGUUUGACAGAGCAGACUGCUCCAAGCAGGUGUUCACACGGGAGCGCCAUUACGUCUCCUGCUUCGACGGGGGCGAUAUUCACCACCACCUCCAUCUUGAAGAGGAGGCUCAGAAACAAAGCUUCAAAACAGCUCUCAACCUGAAAGAGACAUGUGAGGCCAUCAACCAACCGGAGAAGGAUGUCCACACCGAAGAAUCAGCUGGAAUAAAUAGCCAGGAAAGUGAUGAGCGUUCUGAAGAUUCAGAGGAGGAAGAGUCAAGUCAGAGAGACUCCAGCUCUUGUGGUGCAGAGCACCGGCCUGAUGACUGGACCCUGAAAUCUGAAUCAAGUUCAACAAAAGAUGAAGCUGAAGACAAAGAAUCUGAGACCUCGUGUCCUUAUCCAGAGUACUACCAGGACUCUGAGGACGAUGAAGAAUAUUAUGACGAGGAAGACUGGGGAUUUGACGGGCACGUCUAUGAUUAUUACGAUGAAGAACCUGAGUUCUACCUUGACUCAUACGCAGAGGAAGGCACAUUUGCACCGUGCGCCAGAGAAAUCUCCAUCGAGGGCGAUGUCUAUGAAGACAAAGUCUCUGCCGUUGAGAGCAACGACUCGGCUGGUGAAGCUGCAUCCACAGCGGCUGCUGAGAUGACCUUUGAUCUCAAAGACGACGAGAAUGACAAACAAGACCCUGAACUGGAGGGUUUUCCUGCCUGUUCAGAGAUGGAGCCUUACUGGGCGCUCGUCGAUGAAGAGCAAACUGGAGAGUGUUGCUUUUCAGGCGUUGAGGAUUACUAUGCAUACCAGAUCAAAUGCAUUCAGUCUUCAGCUACACAACCCUUGAACAGAUUCAUACUGGAUAGCAGAUUUACUGAUGGAAAGGUUGAAAGUAAUCUGGCGGAUAAAAGGGAAGAUCUCGCUCUUUCAUCUGAAGUCGACCCAGAGGAGGAGUCAUCGACCAGAUUAGGAAUUACUGUUGUCAAAAUACUCCCCAACGAACAAGGUUCAGAACCUGACCAUGAGCCGGAGGACAUCUCAGAGCUGACGUCCCCUCUGGGUAUUAUUCACAGCGUUGUCUCCAAGCAUGAGGCCACACAGAGCAGGGAUUCAGAGGAGGAGAGUGACGACGACUCCUCUGAACACUGUGAAUGUGAAUACUGCAUCCCACCAACGGAGCAGGUUCCAGCAAAACCACUGCUCUCACAAUUAGCAUCCAAUGAUCCAGCAAAGAUCUGUGUCGUCAUUGAUUUGGAUGAAACACUAGUACAUAGCUCCUUUAAGCCUUUGAACAAUGCAGAUUUUAUCAUUCCAGUGGAAAUUGAAGGGAUUGUUCAUCAGUAUGCAGAUCCUGUGUCCGACCUGCUGGAUAAAGACGGCGCCUUCCAGAGUCGACUGUUUCGUGAGGCUUGUGUCUACCACAAAGGGAACUACGUUAAAGACCUGAGCCGUUUAGGAAGAGACCUAAAAAGGGUCAUCAUCAUAGACAACUCCCCAGCCUCCUACAUCUUCCAUCCGGACAACGCGGUUCCCGUCGUGUCCUGGUUUAAUGACAUGUCGGACACUGAGCUUCUUGAUCUUAUCCCCUUCUUUGAGAGACUCAGCAAAGUGGACGACAUCUACGACAUUCUGAAGAAACAGAAGACUUCAAGUUAAUAGCGGCAGGAGAUUUGGAUGUAGGAAAUCACCAGCGACUGUCGAUGUGGGGCCACGGAGGCUGGUGAGCCCGCAGGCUCCAUCGCGCUUCCCAUUACAAAGGACCAUGCUUCAGAACCAGCUUAAAAAAAAACAUAACUCUUAUUUAAUCUCAUAAUCUUACAGCGUGUUGAAUAAAUCCACCCGUUAUCAUCGGAACGCCUGAUAGAGACUUACCAUGGAAUGGCAUGGCCUCUGUAGAUAACUUGCUAGCAAUGUGUGUGUCGCUAAUAUGUGACAGCUGUGACCUUUGUAAGUGUGCACCAAAACUAGAUUGUGUCAACAGUUGCUCAGUCUCCUACAAAUAGUCCUCGACAAAUGAACUACCAUUAGUCAUUUUAAUGUCAGUAUAAUGUAGCAUUUGUAAACAGCAUCACAUAGAAAAUAACACGUAGAGGGGUGUCCGUGAUCGUCUUAAUGUGGUACAUAAAAAUAACUCUGGUGGAGGUACAGAUGUUGUGAAAUGUGCACUCAAACGUUGAAUGCAUCUGUUGCUGUUGAAGGCUCCGUUUACUUUGUUUGGACAGAUAUGCAGAAAAUAUCUAAUGCUUUAGAAUAAAAAGUCACUUCAUAAUAUUUAGAAUAUAGACCCUCGUUGAUUUGGCUGUUUCCAAUACUGAUGUCACUCGUUCAAUACAUGUUUGCAAAAGCAAAUGGUGCCACUAAACCCCUAUAGGUUCCUGUAGUCAUGCCUGGAGAGAUUUGUUUUAUUAUGCUAUAUACAAUCUGGUACACAGACUAUAGUUAACUGAAUAAGCAACCCCUCACUUAACAACUGCAUGAUCAACCCUGUGUGUAGUCUCUUAAUAAGUCAACUGUUUGUUGUAAUAAAAAAUGAAGCUUUAAAGGGA